AGAACAGGACUUGGAGCCGGGUUCAGAGGAGUCCAAAAGUCCCAGGCAGCUGUUCUAUGGCUCCUCCUGCUGCCCCACAGAACUCACCACAGUCUGGGGCAAAACCUCAGAACCGCGGGCAAAUCACAGCAAAGUCAGCGAAAGGGACACAAAACCCGAUGAAACAACAAGAAAGAGGAUUAAAUAUGAUGAAAGCUGUUUGACCUGAUGAUGCAGCGGCAUCUUAGAGCGAUGCUGGCGUAAUGUGAGAUAUGACGGACUUCAGCUCAGGUCAUUAUCGCUGUUUACUUCCUCUCUGAAAACACUGGCAUAUUAUAAUGUUCCGGCCCGUCGGGCCCGUCGGGCCCGUCCACGUGUGCGUGACGCCUGGAGACUCACUCACUGCGAGCAGAUGCCGUCUGUGGAUUCCGUGGAUUCAGACGUGCGCGGGCCGAGGCAGAGGAUGGGCUCCCCUCACUGGGCUCGGACCUCCGGGCAGCGCCGCGGCGCCGCCGGAUCCGUGUGGGGUUGGACGGCGUCGAGGCUGCACCUGCACUGGAUGGCGAGGUGGAUGAAGGAGGACGAAGAGAUGCUGGUUCUGACCCACCAGGAUCAGCUGAACAGAACCUACGAGGAGGACUGUGUCACCCACAAAGGCAGGAGCGGUGAUGAGGGAAGCGGAGCAUCGUCUGGAGACAGUCGGUCCCUGAGGACGGUUCCCGGACCGACCGGACCGUCAGCGCCAGCCCGUCAAGAGACCAGAACUACUUUAGUGGCCACUGGGCCCAGAACCAUCACCACAACGUCAACUAUCCCUCCUGCCGACUCCUUUAAACGUUAUGAGAAAGAAAGCAAAUCCCCCGAAAUGCAGGGCGAGCAGCCCGACAGCUGCACUGAGGAGAACCAGAACCAGAACCAGAACCAGAGCCAGAACCAGAGGAAACCCCGUGGGCCACGGCGCGAGGAUGAAGACGAGGAGCCCGGGGAGAGGACGUCCCGGCGCCGUGCGGCUGCUGCUGAUGAUGAUGAUGAUGAUGAUGAUGAAGAUGACAGUUCAGCGCAUCCGGUCCAGAGCCCCAGCAUCAGCACCGCCUCCCGCUGCCACAGCAUCACGGCGUGGGAGGCGGGCUGGAACGUCACCAACGCCAUACAGGGGAUCUUCGUGUUGGGUUUGCCCUUCGCUCUGGUCCGUUCGGGCUACGUGGGCCUGGUCCUGCUGGUUGCUUCGGCCUGGGUCUGUAACCACACCGGGAGGAUUCUGGUGGCCUGUCUGUACGAAGAGCAGCAGAGCGGAGGCUCCUCGUCCGCGGUCCGCGUCCGCCACAGCUACCAGGACGUGAUGGAGGCCUGCUGCAAAGGCCCGUGGUCCGACUGGGCCGGCCCGGCGGGUUGGCUGGUUAAUGCGGCUCAGGUGGUGGAGCUGCUGAUGACCUGCACCCUGUACCUGGUGGUCUCCACCAGCCUGCUGUCGGACAUCCUGUCGGGCCUGGCGGUUCCCGGGUCGGCGUGCUCGCUGGUGUCGCUCGCGUUCCUGCUGCCCUGUCUGCUGCUGACUGACCUGAGAGCAGUCUCCACCCUCAGCCUCCUCUGCUCCCUGGCUCACAUACUGAUCAGCCUCCUGGUCAUGCUGUACUGCCUGAGCCGGGCCAGCAGCUGGUCCUGGUCCUGCCUCUCUCUGUCCGUGAAGCCCGAGGACUUCCUGGUGUCCGUGGGCGUCAUCAUCUUCUCCUACACCUCUCAGAUCUUCCUCCCGCCUCUAGAGGGCAGCAUGGAGGACCGGGGGCAGUUCAGCGCCAUGCUGGCCUGGACCCACGGCGCUGCCUGCGUCAUGAAAACCAUGUUUGCGUUGCUGGCCGUGUUGACCUGGGGGGCAGGGACCAGUGAGGUCAUCACAGACAAUCUGCCCUCUGACCUUCGACCUGUCGUCAACCUGUGUCUUCUGGCCAAAGCCCUUCUGUCCUACCCUCUGCCCUUCUACUCAGCAGCUGAAAUACUCCAGGCGUGUGCAUUUGGAGGCGCCGCCGGCUCCCGGCGCCCCGGACCCGGCGGCCGGCCCGUGUCGUGCCCGGCGCUGCUGCUCCGCGGCGCCCUGCUGAUGGCGUCGUACCUCCUGGCGCUGCUGGUGCCCAGGUUCUCGCUGCUGAUGGGCCUGACGGGCAGCGUGACCGGGGCGGCCAUGACGCUCAUUCUGCCGUGCCUCUUCCACCUCCGGCUGCGGGGGGGGCGCCUCGCGCCGAGGGAGCAGCUGGUGGACGUGGGCAUCCUGAGUCUGGGGGUCGUGUGCAGCGCGUCGGGGGUCAUCUGCUCGGUGAGGAGGCUGCUGGAGGGGCUCUAGGCGCAGAUGGAGAACGGGUGCAGGUUGUUCUCUGCUCAAACGCUAUAUAAUACAUUCUGUUAGAUUUCAUAGUUAAUCGUUUCUCUUCAUGAGGUGUGCUGGUUUGUUUGUUGUUUUCCUGGCACGGAGUAUUGGAUUUUCUUGUUCACUUGACGGUGGCACAGAAAACCCUGCCAGUAAACUAACAUGAAAUCAAUAGCGCAUUCAGCGCCGAUGCGAGCGCGCGGUAAAAGGAGCGCGCGCGAUGCGAACUGGGAGCAGGAGCCAGAGGUUCAGCAGCGACUGACCUUCGGCACAGUCACAGUCAACGGGACCAAAGCCUGUUUGUCUUAAUAGAUUCUGUGCAUCACACUGUACAAACUGCACCGGUUACCAUGGUGACGCGUUAACUACAGCGCCGACGAUCAGAGAGCGACUGAUUAACUACACAGCGUCAUAACUAACUCCAUGUUCUCUUUGUGUAAGCGAGUAGAAGUAUUCAGCUUGAAGGAAGUCUCAUUACUGCAUGAAGUACGAGGAGCUGCAGCCGAUCUCGUUUUGAAGAGCUGAUUUAAUGUGUGACAUUCAAGUGUGACGUUUGCUGCAAAAAUGAUAGCAUUUCCUCUUGUUGAGACAAUAAACUAUAACGAAAUCA